AUGUUUGAUUUCAUCAAGAAAAUUGGUUCUGGUACUGGGUUGCCUGAGGUUCUAAUAAGGGAUUUCACUCCGUCUAUUCUGAUUGGAUUGAAGCAAGUGCAUGACCAUGGAUUUGUUCACUGUAAUAUCAAGCCUCACAAUGUCCUGUUAGUACCUAUAGUAGAUGGGUAUAUUCCUAAAGUUGUAGACUUUGGGUUGGUAAAGAGGCACAAUGUGAGAGAUGGUAGUGGUGUUAGAGGCACACAUUUGUUCUUUUCUCCUGAGAUGGUGGUUUUUGGAAUUCAGGAAGCACCUUCAGAUAUUUGGGCACUUGGGUAUACUAUGUUGAUGAUGUUGACAGGAAAACCACCGUGGUCUUGUACAUCUAAAUCUGAACUUGUGUCUCAGAUUGCUAUGGAAACACCGACAAUUCCACGCCAUAUUUCAAAAGCAUCCCAAAACUUCUUGAGUUGCUGCUUUGUGAGGCAUUCUGUGAAGAGGUUGACGGCUACCAAGCUAUUGAGUCACUUCUUUUUACUAGAAUCAAAUGAGUGUAAAGAAGUAUUCAUUCAAGAAUCAGUUGAAGUUUCAAAUUAG